GGUUUCCGUGGCAGCGGGAGGCUCAAGGAAAAAACGGGAGCCUCUCGCUGAAUGCGGGAGGUGAUCUCGGCUUUGCUGAAGUCAUGGAUUUCUCUCAUCCGAUCACAAUUCUCCUGUACAUUAUAACGUGUGUUUUUGUGGCUGCUGUCUUAUACAAGCGGAAGUCACGCAUUCAUCCGAAUUAUCCUCCUGGACCAUGGCCUUUCCCAAUCAUAGGAAACAUUCACAUUUUGAACUUCAAGAGACCCCACGUAACAAUCCAAAAGCUGGCUAAGAAGUACGGUUCGGUGUUCAGCAUAGAAAUAGGGUGUCAGAAGAUGGUUGUCUUGUGCGGGUGUGAGACUGUGAGAGACGCUCUGGUGAACCAUGCAGAGGAGUUUUCCGAAAGACCCACCAUACCAAGUUUUGAAAAUCUAACAAAGGGUUAUGGUGUUGCAUUUUCUAAUGGGCAUAGCUGGAAAGCGAUGAAACGAUUUACCAUCUCUACACUACGAGACUUUGGUGUGGGAAAGAAUAUCAUAGAAGAGAAGAUCAAUUACGAAUCUGAUUGUUUAGUAAAAAUUAUUCGGUCCUUUAAAGGAAAACCAUUUGAUAACACCAUGAUACUGAACACUGCUGCAGCCAAUAUAAUUGUAUCCAUCUUGAUCGGUCAACGCUUUGAGUAUGACGAUCCAAAACUUCAGAGGCUUAUGACAUUAGUGAUGGAUAGUGUCAGAAUGCUGGGCAGCCCAAGUGUCUUCAUGUACAAUGCUUUCCCAUCUCUGAUGAGCUGGUUUCCUGGAGGUUUCAAAACUGUGCAAGAGAAGAUAGAUGAAUUUCACUCGUUUAUCAGGGAGACGUUGACGAGCAGGAAGAAUCACCUGGAUGUAAACGACCAGAGGAAUCUUAUCGACCGGUUCCUUGUCAAACAAAAAGAGGAAAAACCAAAUCCGGAAUUAUAUUUCCAUGAUAACAAUUUAACAGUUCUUGUAACGGACUUAUUUGCUACUGGAACGGAGACGACCUCCGCUACCCUGAGAUGGGGCCUCCUGCUCAUGAUGAAAUAUCCUCAAAUUCAAAAAAAUGUUCAAACUGAAAUUGAAAAGGUAAUUGGGGCGGCUGAGCCUCUAAUGCUACAUCGCAAGCAAAUGCCGUAUACUGACGCGGUCAUCCAUGAGAUUCAGCGGUUUGCAAAUAUUGUACCUACUAAUGGCCCACGUAUGACUACUCAAGAUGUCACAUUCAAGGGUUUCUUUCUACCAAAAGGGACUUAUAUAAUGCCAUUGCUGUCAUCUGUACUACAAGACAAAGAGUACUUUGAGAGACCUGAUGAAUUUUACCCUCAACACUUCCUGGAUUCUGAUGGAAAUUUAGUUAGCAAUGAAGCAUUUUUGCCAUUUUCUGCUGGUAAAAGAGGUUGUGUUGGAGAGAAUUUGGCUAAAAUGGAACUGUUUCUGUUCUUUACAAGACUGCUGCAGAAUUUCACUUUCCAGGCUUCUCCUGGGGCUAAGCUGGACCUCCGUGCUGCUGUUGGUUUCUCUGCCAAUCCAGAAAAACACAAGAUCUGUGCGAUUGCACGCAACUAAUGUGGAACAAGUCACCACUAUCAGCAUUUAUUAGCUCUGGCCAUAUAGCAGUGGCAAAAAUAUACAUUCAAACAGGCAUAGUUGCUGGUCUGAAAUAUGUCAUAUUGGCAUGACCCCCUUGCCACCCCUAUUCUGCCUUUCUGGUCGUAUAUGUUGCAUCCAUAAUGCAUCUCACUCUACAAUGGCACAUUUGGGACUGUUCACUUUCUGGACAUGUGCAAGCAAAAUACACCAUGUCUAUUGUAUGUCAAAUGUAUUCCAGAUUUAGCGAAGGCAUAGGAAAAUGCAGAGGGGGCUUCCAGUUGCCUGGAAACCCCCCCUUUUCCACAACCUGGUCAGUGGCCUGGGCAUCUGAGUGCUCAAUCACUGCACCAGAGAGAGAAUCUGGUAAUUGGCAUACUAUGAUCAUUGGGCCUGCAUAUGUCUGACGUACUGAAUUACAUAAACUGCACUUUGGGACAGACUAUAGCUAAUUAUUACAUGCUAAUUAUGCAUCCCUCGUAGGCUGGCGACAAUUGAAUUAAAUUCAAACGUUUGAAAUAAAACCUCCAGAAUUUUAGCAUUUGCCCCUGUAAGGGUUAAUUUUUUAAUGGAAUACUACCCACUCAUGCUUGCUUUAGCUGCUUCUAAGAGAUGGCAGCACUUUGUUAAUUAUGCUUUUUGGUAAUCUUGUGGCAGGGAAAGAUCUAUCCGGUAGCAGGUUUCACCUUGUUUGAAGUGGUCCUGUUAUUCAUUGUCAUUCCCUCCAACUUCCAUGACAGCUUUGCUUUUUGGCUUCUUACAUUGCUUCCAUUAUCUUUGGUGAUUUCAAUAUCCCUAUGGACACCCCCACAAGAUACCCUGCCUCUAAACAACUUAACCUCAAAUCGUCACUUGGUCUUUCCCAGUGGACCUCCUCACCAUGUCAUGUGAAUGGGAACUCGCUAGACUUAGUUUUCACUCACCUCUCUGACCAUCAACUGCUCUAUUUUAACUUAGCUUUCUCUGCUUCUCUGUCUCUAAGGCUACCAUCACUAAGUGUAGCAUUGAAGUUAUCGACGCCACUUCCCUUUCCUUCCUGUUUGGCUCACUUCUCUCUACUAUUCUCUCUCUCUCCUGCCCUGAACAAGCUACUUCCCUUACUUCUGCUCUUGAUUCUGUCGCUCCACUGACCACCCUCGCAAAUCGACACCUCAAUCCUGGCACUCCAAAUGAACAGAUAUCUGCAACAAUGCUCACGUACCGCCGAGUGACAGUGGAGGAAAUCACACUCAAAGGUACAAAUUUAUCCUCUCAUCCUACUGUGCUGCCCUUUCCCUCUCUUAACAGUCAUACUUCAAGAACCUGAUCUCCUCCCAGUCUUCAAACCCUCAGUG